UACACGGCUUAAUGGAACCCCCGCGAGUCCCAUCGCAUCAAGCCAUGGCACCCUGAGGCUCAGCGCGGGGCCCAGGCUGCCAGCGAGACGGUACGAGUCGGAGCCGGAGCCGCGCGGGUCUGCAUGGGGCGCAGGCACGUAACGGACGGACACGCAGCAGCCUCCGUCUGCGCGCUCUGCCCGGUUCUGCCGCUCCCCUCCGCGAGGAGGUAAAAGAGAUUUGUGCGCGCGCCCCGGAGCAGAGCCAGAGGGAGUGCCAUUACUGUCGAGUGCGGUGUGGGUGUCGAGUGAGUGAGUGAGUGAGAUGCAGAGAAAAGGCUGCCUGGCGACACCUCCAAUGGGGCGGGGAUAGGGGAGGGAUGCCGGUGGCAACGCCGUUUCUCUCUCUUCUCGAGUAACAAGUGCCUGUUCAGAGCAACCGAGCUGGCUGGUAAUCAGCAGGAUGGAUGGGAAAGACUUGUUUGUGGAAAUAGGCAUGAAGGAGGAGGAUAUCGCGACAAUGCUGUUCGGGAAGAGAGUCGCGGAGCUGACAGAAGACGCAUUUGAUGGUUCCAGGGAAGAAAGACAGAUCUUUGAGGGUGUCUUCUGUCUAACAAGCACAGAUGGAGUAAUCGAUCAUCAUGUCAAUGGCAGUGGACAGACUGCAGAUGCAGGCAAGGCAGUGACAAGAUCUAGCACACCAUCAACCUCUACCUCCAAUCAUAAAACGGGGCGUUGUCGCAUAGUCGAGUCCUUCACUGCUGGCAACUUAUCAAGCUACCAUGCAUUCUGUUCUAGUCCCGAUCAGCAGGCGCACAAAGCAAUGCCUUCUAUUGAUGCCGGCCCUUCUGAGCUUGUGGUGAAGUUGACACCUCCUUCCAUUGAUAGGGUGUACACGCGAAGGGUGGUGACUCGCAGGAGCGAGAGAGCAAGACUUUGCAGCACUCUGGAUUUGGAGAGGGUUGACAUUAGCAGUGUUGGACGGCGAAGGGAUGGAUACGGCCAUGGAGUGCUUUGGAAUCAUCUCCGCCUUCACGCACAUCUUCUGAUGAUGGAUGCCGGAUGGAAAAUCGAGGGCAAGGAAAGAGGGAACAAGAGUAAGGUUGAUCACGUCUAUGAGGCACCUGACAAUGUAAUGCGCCUGUUUUCUCUUCCCAGGGCAUGGAAAUGCUUUGGUCAGUGGUUGCUUAUGAAUUCCUCCAGCUUUGAUGGGAACGAGUCAAAUGACUAUGGAAAGGAAUGGCUCAACAUGCAUGACUUUCUGUAUGAUUUGAAGAACACACUGCUAUGCUUACAGUAUGAGGUCCAGCGGCCGAAGCAAUCUCUGUCUUUCCUCCACCAGUGGCAGCUCCUUGAUCCUUUCAUGGCAGUGGUUUGCAUUGAUAAGAAGGUUGCAGCUCUGAAAAAUGGAGUGGCACUGAAAGCUAUGAACAGCACCGUUACAUUCCUUAGUCGCAGUGAGUGUAAGAUGUUGAGUGCCAAGAAUGCAAGCAGGCAACUUGGGGUCAACUACACAAGUAACUACAACGAUACAUAUCUCAGGUCAUGCAAAAAAAGUCUUCUGCCUCUGCUUCUCUCUAAAACUGGUGGUCACCCUGACAAGGAAGGAAAUUCUUUGUGUAACGAACAAUCUUCUAUUUUUGGUACAAACAACCCUAGCGAAGAUGAAGCCAAUCAACAGUCAUUGUGCAUGUCAGAAAUAAAUGAAAGAAGCAUAAGAAGCACAGCUCAUCGUAUAGUCAUGGGCCUCCAUGAUGCAACAGCUCUUCUCAGCUCAAGGCAAACUUGUUUGAGCAGGAAAAAGGAACUUCCGUGCAUCAAGUCUAUAGUGGAUCUGCAAGCUGAAGACAAGUAUGGCCCAUUAUACUUCCCACCCAAUUAUUCUUCAGCUUCAGGUCACCUGGUUGAAAAUGUUCAAACAAAAGAUCCGAGUUGUCAUGGCUAUGAAACCACGGCAAUUCCCGAUGUGGACAAUUCUGCAGAUAAUCCUCUUGAUGAGAUGCUCCUCGGAGAGAACAUACUGUUUUCUCAGGAGGUUGACGAGAUGCUAAUUGGCAUAACAGAUUAUAUCAACAAUGAACAACAUGAUGCUGCAGUUGUCUCCGAGCCCCAAGCGGCAAAUAAAGAUGCCGGAGAUGGACCUUCUGGUGCAUCACUACCACCAGAAAAGGAUGCAUACUUGGGAGCUAUUAAAGAUGAAAUUGAUAAUGAACAUUAUGAUGCUGCGGUUGUCCGUGAGCUCCAAACGGCAAAUAAAGAUCCAGGGAAUGAACCCUCUGGUGCAUUAUCCCUCCUAUCAGAAAAGUGUACAGACUUGGAAGCUAAUAAGAUGAGACUGGAAGACCCAACAACAGCAGGACGGUUAACAUCUGAAGCCACCGGUAGUGCAUUGGUGAUCUCAGAACCACAAGUACUGUUUGUGUCCCCUCAAGACGGGACUCUAUCUUUCAUGAACAACAGUACAUGCAGCCAAGAGAUGUUGAGUUUCCUGAAUGUUUCCCAUGACACCAUGGGCACUAACAUGCAGGUGGACAUUGACACAUCGGUUUAUGAGGCAAGCUUGAUACAGGGUUUCUUAUACCUUGACAGUGAGGGUUCUCCAAUUUGUUGGACGGUAAUGAACCCAGAGCCUCCAAGGCAGUUGAUCUACGCCGCUGAUUUGGAACCAAAGUCAAAGAUGUCAGAACGCUAUGGUGAAAUGAACAUAGAGAACGAGGCAUCAACAUCUGAAUACAAGAAAAUAUCAGAAUCUGGCUCAAGUAAGAGGGGGCAAAAAAGGCCCCAAAAGAUUGCAGAUAUCCAAGACAAUGUCAAUAGAAAGAAACAGAAAGUGAAUGAUGCUCCUUUAAGUAAUUGUGUGGGUCAGUAUAUGGACAAUAUAACUGAUAACCCUACUGGUCCUGUAGUUGUCAAUGAAGAAGAACAGACAGGUACAGAAAUCAUUGAGCAGGUUCCUUUGAAUCUACUACCCGAGAAUAAGGAUGGCAAGGAUCAAGGAGAACAAAGCAGUGAACCUUCAAAGCAGUACGUGUCGGAAGAACCAUUCAAAACGGAUGUCAAAAGGCAAAGGAAUGCAUGGUCUCGCAAAUGCAAGUUUGAUGAUGAUGAUCUUCUGAUGACAGCUGUAAUACAUAAGCUGACUGCACGUUACAGGAAUCAGUUUAAUCGAAGGAUCACAAAGAAACGUGGUUUCAGGUGUCUUCCAAGCUCUCGCUGGGAGAGGGAAGAGAAAGGUGACAGGAAGAAGUUUUCUGGAGGAUCAAGAACGGUGCUGAACAAGUUACUUGAAAUGGGCAUUGUUGCUCGAGUAAAUAUUCUUCAAUAUCGAGGGCCAGGAGGCAAAAUUGUGUUAAAGGAUGGAAAUAUAACUAAGAACGGCAUUCGUUGCCGGUGCUGUGGCUCCACAUUUACAAUGUCCAAAUUUAAGUGUCAUGCAGGUCUCAAGCUAGAAAUUCCAUCUCUGAAUCUUUUCUUGGGUUCGGGUAAAUCAUACAGUCUUUGUCAGCUUCAAGCAUGGUCUAUUGAGCAUAAGGUGAGGAAAGAGCGUGCAAAAGAUACUAUGUCACUCCAAGCAGAUCGAAACGAUGAUACCUGUGGAUUAUGUGGCGAUGGUGGUGAACUGAUAUGCUGUGACAGUUGUCCUGCUAGUUACCAUCAAGCCUGCUUGCCUUGUCAGGAUAUUCCAGAUGGCAGUUGGUACUGUUCUAGCUGCCUUUGCGAUAUUUGUGGGGAAGUGGCCAAUCCAGAGGAGCUCAGAACUUCCCUACCAGCUUUAGAAUGCUCGCAGUGUGAACGCCAAUAUCACGUAAAAUGCGUAUCUGGUAAGGUUUUGUGCAAUGAAGAAGGUGGACCUUGUGCCUGGUUUUGUGGAAGAAGAUGCCAGCAGAUUUGUACGCGCUUCCGUUCUCAUAUUGGAGUGCCUGACCACAUUGAUGAUGGUCUCUCUUGCACCAUUCUUCGUAACAAUGGUGAUCAGAAGGUUUGUGCACCUGCGGAGAUAGCUCUCAUGGCAGAAUGCAACAUGAAAUUAAUGAUUGCUUUGAGUAUUAUGGAAGAAUGCUUCUUGCCUAUCUUAGAUCCGAGGACAGGGAUAGACAUAAUUCCCUCUAUAGUAUAUAACUGGAGGUCUGACUUUGUACAUUUGGAUCACAAGGGAUUCUAUACUGUAGUCUUGGAAAAUGAUGACAGCAUCAUAUCUGUCGCAUCCAUCAGGUUACAUGGUACAAUUGUUGCAGAGAUGCCUCUAAUAGCUACUUGUACAGAGAAUCGUCAACAGGGAAUGUGCAGGCGCCUCAUAGAUUACAUUGAGGAGAUGCUCAAAUCUCUGAAGGUGGAGAUGCUGCUUCUCUCAGCAAUUCCGCACCUCGUGGAUAGAUGGACAUCGGCAUUUGGGUUCAGAGAAAUAGAUGAUUCGGACAAGAAGAAGCUAAGUAAGGUCAGGCUGGCCUCAAUUCCAGGAACUGUUCUGCUGAAGAAGAACCUGUAUGGAUGUUCAGGUAAUGAUAAUGUUGAGCUGCCGAACCCUAAACCCUUCAAAGUUUACUCACGCAUGCCAAGAAACCGCACCGGUUUGAAUAGUGUGCCGAUAAGAUGACACAGUGGACAGCAUGGAGUGCCCCUCAUGUCGUGAUCAGUCGUUGGUGAUAGCAGCGGACCAUCAAGCAGGGACUCCUGUUGUCGAGACCGAGCAACGUCAGACAUCUGAAGUUUCCACGCUGGUUUGCGCAAUGGAAAACCUCAUUGACAAACCAGGAGUUCUGAAGAUCACUUCACCCUGUGCAGAGACCCUCCCUCAGCUGGUAGCCCUAGCAAAUGUAACUGUAAGGAGAAUUCUGUAAAUCAUGGUACUGUCGACGAGAAUCCCAGGGAUGUUAACGGCGGCCUUCGACGGACCGAGGCCGAACUUGUAUGAGAAAACUAAAAACUAGACUGUGUUA